AGAGGACUCUAAUGCCUUCUCUCAAGAUUGAGACAUGCUGUGCCCCAAUCCUCCUCUCCUUCCUGAGGAGUCUAACUGAUGACCAAUGGAGAGUGAUUCAGCAUGGCAUGAAAAAUAAUCUCACAUUCGAGCAGCUCUCCAUGCUGUGUCUGAAGAUUGUUAAAGUCGUGACCCAGACAGCCCUCCACAUUCUCCUACCAGCGCUAGCUCGUAUCAUGGGGGUGAAUCUGAGGAGUGGGGCAACCUCCCCAGAAUCCCAGUGCUCUCUGACAGGGUCUGAGGAUUCCUUAGGCAGUCUGGAUGAGAGAGAGAAAAGGCUGCUGAUCAGUGAGAUGACCUACUGGACUAAGGAGAGGAGGAGGAAUGGCAGUGCAGGGUGCCGCCAAAAAUCCACCCGCAGGACCUCAUCACCAUGCUGUUCGCCUAAGAGGUCCCAGACCUCAUUGCAGAGCUUGCCUGCAACUAGAGAGGCUCCACUCAUGGAGGAGCCUCUGAAGGCUAUUUUUGGAGUAACGGAAGAGAGCCUCCUGAUAUCCCUGGUUGAGGGUCACUCCAACCCCAGCUCCUCCGAGUUGAGCUGUGCUAUCGUGGGGGAGGUGGUACACCAGCUUAACUCUGGCCUCUCAGUGGCCAUUCAGGCCAGCCCGGGGAGUUGCCCCCCUAUGGACAGUCAGGACAUAGCAGCAGGCAAGGAGGUCAUUCGGGUAGCCUCGGUGCAGAUCCUGGCCGAGCUACAGAGCCAAACGUCUGAGCCAGAGUGGGUAGGGUUUAUCGAGCCCCUCAUGGACCCUGUGACCGAUGAUGUGCUGGAUGCCAUUGUCGGCACAAUGGACAAAAUGGCACAGGACUUCAACAUCCUACUGGAUCUGGCCAAGAAGAUGACAAUCUUGGGGUCUAAAUUUCUGACCAAUCUUCAAUGUGACCUUGAUGUUGAGUGUCCAUCUGGGAAAGAAGGGACCACUCACUUUCUCAAAGAGACUGGAUCCUCUACCAGUGUGGUGGCCAGAAAGAUUCAGACCCUCUCUAGCCCCAACUUUCAGUCUAAAGCCCUGAAGGCGGUGAGCACCAUCCUUACAAGGAAAGUCAGCAGCUCUUCUGGCAUGGCUCCUUCCUCUAGGCCUUCUAGUGCUGCUCCUAGCCUUACUGAAGCUUCCCUGAAUACCAGCUGCACAGCCCUGACACCUGUAACCUCCACUGCCACAGUGAUUGUUAAGGCAUUUGUGGGAGGCAUGGAGACGAUAGCAUCAUUCGAAGGGACAUGUGAAGCAGUUGAUUGGCCAGUUCCUGUAAAUGACCACAAAACAGGAUCUUCACAGAUGAUAACCUUCUCUCUAGCCCGCACACUCUACGGCCGUAUACGAGCAAAGCUGAGGGACCUUUUAACUCUAUCCGCUCGAGAAGAAGGUGUGGCUAAGGAUGCUUCUCUUCAGGAGUCUUCAGACACUCUGGAAAAGGCAACUGUUUCAACUGUUGAGAUCCAGUUACCCAGCACCAAACUUAGUAGAGUUCCCAGAGAGAGCCAACCAAUACCAGCUCUCUGUCUCUCCAAUCUGGAUACCAGUACUCAAGAAGUUCUUAGCAGUGUUUUUUCCAUCUACAAGUCAGAGUUAUCAAAAGUGGAGAGUAAAUCCUUGGCCGUUGUCAGUUCAUCUGAUGAGUCCCUAGAGGCUUGUUGGUUUGUUGAUGGUGUCCUAUCAAAGCUCGAUGACUAUACUAUUUCCCAGUCACCCUCACCCAAUGAAGACUUGAGUGUGAGUACUCAAUAUUCUCAACUGAGCUCAGAAGAGAGUGUCAGAAUCACGGAGUCCUCUACUAGUCUGAUUCAGAGCAUUAAGAAGCUCUCUAGCAAUGACUUCCAGACUCAGGCAGAAGAGGCAGUGAGUAAAGUGCUGAUGAGAUCCAGUCAUUCCUUUAUCACACAGAUCAGCCAUACUGGUCUUCAGAAAAGUCUGCAGGCUGGCUUAUCAUCUAGCUCACCAUCAGAGAUCUAUGUCCUUUCAGAAUCCAUGUCCUCUGAGAAUACAGCCUCUGGAUUAGUGGAAACCUUUGUCAAAGGAAUGGCGACUAUUUUCCAGAAAAAUGAGUCCACUGACACUGUGCUACUGGAAAGAAGUGGGAGAGUUUCGCAGUGCUCCCACGGGGGCUCCCAACUGGAAGAUACUGAAUUGAGUGUUAAAAUAUCAGAGGAGAAGCUUUGGUCAACAGCUAAGACCAUCUGUGUCAGUAUGAAGAACACACUUAAGGAUUUCUUCACAGGGCUGAAGCCAUCCGGAUCCGAAAGGACAGAAAAUGCUUCUUCCAAAGAGACCCUUGGGGAAAUCCUGGUUGCUAUCCAGAGUGAAAUCUCAAACUUAGGGCGAAUGAAGGAUUCCAGGGAGCUCCUUCAUAUCAAUGAUAUGGUAGGAACUAUACUGAAGGAGGUUGAGAAAAGUGAGGAUGACAGUGAACAAGUCUGCCAAAACAUCCCUAGAACCUGUUCAUCUUUGUCCACUUCUUUAAAUGGUCGUAGUUCCUUGUCCAGCUCUUCAAAGGGUCCUAGGUCAGAUUGUGAGUUAGAGAUCAACCUCCCUGGCACUCCCAUCCCUGACGAAGUGCCUUUUGAUCUGACCUGCCCCAUCGUCAGGAGCUCCUGCAUCGACAACAGGGUCUCUAAAAUGCCAGAGAUUUCUUCAAGUGACCUAAAGACAAGGAUAAUGGCACACACAGAUGAACCCCUGCAUCGUAACAGUCCAAUGACUGACAGCAGUCGACCGCCGAGUGCUAAAGCCUCUUUUCGAUCCUCCACUCCGUCUUUCACCAACAAGGGAACCUCUUUGGUACCAAAGGGAGAUGGGAUUGACAUUGAAGAGAAGGAGGAGUGUAUCUCCAGCAGCUCUGGCCAUCUGAGGGAGCUUUUAAUCACCCCGGACAUCAGCAGUGCCACUGCAUUCCCACUGCAGUACUUGAUGGACUCCAGCAAAGAUGAUGGCAUCUGUUUUGUCACCAUACUGGUGAUAAGGUUGCUAUCGGAGAUCAGACCAUCAGCCCUAGAUGGACCCUCCCAACAGGCAGCAGAUCUGACCAAAACAUGUCAGCAACUCAUCAGACAAGUCCUGUCUGAAUUAUGUGCUGCAUCCAGAUUCUCCAGGACACAGGCAUAUUCCCAGAACCUGAACAUCCAAAGGGUGUUCAGAGGUUUACAUAAAAACCUUAUGGAGGAGUUUGGCUCUUAUAACACCCUGCAAGCAGCUAUUUCCUCCCAGGACCCUGCAUUUGACAGAGUCCUGGUAAAGUCCUUGACCCAGCAGCUGGUACAGGGAUGCAAGGAGGCGUCAAGUCCAGCUUCUGCUGCAACAAAUCCAUCAGACCAGGCUGAGACAGAGAGGGGGGCUGAGCAGAAAGCAAGAAGGAGCUUCCUUUGCUUUUCAAUGACCAAACUCAGGAUCAACUUCAAGCGUUACAAGAGAGGAAACAAAAAUGACUGCCAUUCAGUCCAGGAACAGACUGAGAUUCCCUCUACUGACGGACAUUGCAUAGCUCCCGUUGGAGAGGUUUCUCCCUCCAUAUCUCAGCCUGUCAAAAAACGAUCCUUGAUUGUCAGGGUCUUUUCAGCAAUGAUGAAGCCAUUCAGGCGCUUCACCAAGAAGAACCUGUAACCUGUUACGCUGCAUGAAGAACUACUUUUGUAACAGCAAGACUUUUGACAAGAGGAAUUUCUGCAUGUCUUCCCAUUCAAAGUCUAUUUGAUCAAAUAAAUGCUAAUUAUUUUACAAGAAUUUCAAGUGUUUUGGAAGAUUGGUAAAACUGAAGCAGCUUUUCUCAGAGAAAUGCACUAGUUCCCCCUUGGUUACACAUUUAUUGUGCAGUUUUUGAGUUGGCAGGACUUUGGGCAGCAGGUAGCCUUGUGGUUAGAGCGUUGGGCCAGUAACUGAAAGGUUGCUAGGUCAGAUCCCUGAGCUAACCAUGUAAAAAUAUGACGUUCUGCUCCUGAACAAGGUAGUUAACCCACUCUUCCUAGAGCUGGCCGCCAAGCCAAACUGAGCAAUCGGGGGAGAAGGGCAGUGCAGUGUAGUAGCUUCAACAGCCAUAGGCCCAGGGAUUUCACAUCACAUUCCAUGAUGCAAUGCAGAAUGCGUAAAAAUACGUAGAAUAGUAAAAUGAAGGCAGUUAUACAAUUGUAAAAACAUUCCUAUACAUUCACAACAGAUUUCACAAAAUCCAUGUUCCUGUUUGAUUUCGGGGUAGGCUGUCAACAGCACGUACUGUGACACUAUGAUAUGUAUUCUGAUCAAGUCAACAAUACCUCUAGUCAUAUCUGACGUCAUGUAUUUGAUAUCUUUACGUGAAGUUUAAUGUCCAUAUUGACAUCAGUUCAUUGUGUUUGAGGACGGUUCACUGACCGGUUUUCAACGGAUACGAUUAGACUAGUUUAACUAUAGUUCUAUUCUGCUAUUACGUUCAUUAAUCUGUCAUACUUCAUCCAACUUUGAAUUCAGUCACAGAUAAGGAAAACGAUGUUGAUAAAAUGCAUUCUGUUCAAUCUAGAAUACUUUACAUCAGAGUUUCAUUGCCAAACCUGCUGUGUUCUGUUUUGUUUGUGCAAUGCAGAUGACAAAGGAACAGCUUGCAAAAUUGUGCAAGACCAUUGUCAACGUCAUUGCACAGACCACCCUGCAGAUCCUGCUGCCGGCCCUGGCCCGCAUUCUAGGGGUGACCGGCUUUUAUGACAACGCUGACUCACUCAAGAGGGGCGGCAGUGCAAGAUCCUUCACUGCCUUUGUGCAGAAAAGACUGGAGCUCAUCCAGGAAGUUAAAUAUUUGGCGAAGGAGAUGUGUAACUGUGGCGGCAGGGCUCUCCGACCAAGGUCUAGCACACCCUCUUCCAAGAGGUACUGUAUGUUCCCCAUAAUGUGUGUGUCUGUGCAGUUAAUCCUAACCCUCAAACUGAUGAACAAUAAUUUCUCCAUUUAAAUAUUUUCCAGCUUUCUAACAGGUGUGUUUUGCAAUAUCUAAUGCACACAUAUAAAUUACAUUUAGUAUACUCAAUUAUAAUGCUUGUUAGAUUUGUUAGCAGUAAGAUAUCUGUUUUCCAACUUCAGACAGCAAUUAACAUUCUUUGCUUGUUCAUUUUAAAGUUCCCAGACCUCACUGAAAGUCCUUUGAAGAUGUCAAAGGCAUUGUGAAGCAAACUGAAUUAGAUAAGCCAACAAGCACCCAGAGAGAUCCGCAAGUGGGACACUGUAUGCCAAAGCAGAAACCCUUUCACACGUCUCGUAGACUCUGCAAGAGGCUCCAGGCAAAGAUAAAAUAAUUAUUUCACAGAACGGGUGGAGCUGCAUUCCAAAGGGAACAACUUCUGGAGCACACUGACUCCAGUGUUCUGCCUGGUUCAACCCUGAACUCAUCUUCAGCAAGUAGGAGUGAAUCACACAUAGCAGAAUGCAGUUCAUCUGCUGUUCCUAGUGGACAUGAUUCAUCUGGCUCUGUAGAAGAGAAACCAUUUGAGACCAGAGCAGAUUGUACUCAUGGUCAGAACUCUCCUCUACUCAGUAAGAGUGAGGCCAUACUGCAAGAGGUCAACACAACUGGACGUGGUGCUCUCCGCAAAUGCCAGAGUGAGAACUCCCAACCUUUACUGGUUCUCUGUGAUCCAAACCUGGAGCCCUGCACCAAAGAGGUCUUAUCUCAGAUUGUGACUGUGUAUAGGUCCGAGGUGGCAGAUUUGGAAUCAACGUCCAGUGUUGUAGAGAAUUCCUCUUACAACUCCUUUGAAGUCUGUGACUUUUUGGAUGGUAUCAUGUCUUACCUAGAAGACCUGCCCGUGUCCAGUUCCUCAUCAUUGGAAGGAGUAAGUGUUACUCCAGCCUCAGUCAUUGAGCAGCUUUCGAGUGAAGUGUUUCAGAAGAAGGCAACCAACAAAGUCAGAAAAAUACUGAUCAAAUCUGUCAAUCUCUUCCCCGGCGAAGUCGGUUCAAGCCAGACAGAUUCUCAUAUGUCGCCAGCAUUAUCCACCAUUUCCUCAAAGCAUACAGAUUCAGUUGCUAUUGAAAUUAUUGGAUCAAUUGCAAAUGAUAUGAAGAGCAUUUGUCCUGCUCACAGAGUCUCCUACUACUCUAUGGCAGGCAGACUCUAUGCUUCAACUCAGUGAUGAGAAACCCUCAGAAGCCACGAAUGCUGCAGCUGUAAGCCCCCAGACUGGUGUGGAAGUAUCUGAGAAGAAAAUCUGGAUAACUGCAAAGACUAUUUACCACAAUGUGAGGGCAAAUAUGAGGAACAAUUUCUCAUUGCAAAGACAAGCCAAAGCAACGAAGGCUCAAGCCAAAAAGACCCUCAGCCAUAUUCUGGUUUCCAUUCAGAAAGAACUGUCAAAAUCUGACCAAAUGGUGGCUGCAGGACAGCUUUCACAAAUAGAUAAAGUGGUUGGAACUAUGCUGGAGAACAUUGAGAAGAUAAGCAGCGAAUGUGGCGAGGAAUUGGUCUAUCAAGAGUCACUGCGGUCUUCCUCCUCGUUGUCAUUCUCAACUGCCAAAUCACAGAAGACAGAGUGGGAAUUUGCACUCCCUGGCACUCCCAUUCCUUCUGAGUUACCAGAGUCCUGCUCAGCCCAUUGUAAGAUGCUCAGUCAUUGACAUGAGCGAAUCUACUAAGCCAAAAACAAUGGUGUUUGAUGCAAGAACAAGAAUGUUUGCCAUAGCCGAUACUAUCAUGAAGAAGGUAUAUCCAGAGGCAGAAGGGCAGGUUACAUCUCACUCUGAUCUAACAGAUGCAAUAGCUAGACUGGAGGAGCUCAUAUCUCAGGGUAGGAUUGGUGCUCUCUCCCGUGAUCUCAGCCACCAAGUCAACCGCAUCAUUUCUGAUAGCAACUUGACCCCUCUGGGACUGACAGUGGCGGCUGGAAAGAGUGCAUCUGAUACCAUCCUUUCGAAGCUGAAGAGGAAUGACAAGGUGGGGAAGCCCACUUACGAGCUGGUUCAGCUGUUUGUAGAGGAGUCUGUUAAGUGCCUCCUGCUUCCUAGUUUUGUGCCCUAUUCAACUUCAAUGACUUUGGUUCAGGGGGCCAUGGUGUUGGCUAGAUAGAUAGAUAGAAUUUCAUGCUCUUCUUCUUCAUCAGUAUUUAGUGACACAGUCAGUCUCUUUACCAAAGUUAUGGUAAGCCAGGUCAUGUACUCUGUGGAUUCUGAUGCAGAAAGUAAUAAUAAUAAUAAUAAUAAUAAUAAUAAUAUAUAAUAAUAAUAAUAUAAUAAUAAUAAUAAUAAUAAUAAUAAUAAUAAUAAUAAUAAUAAAUAAUAAAUAGAGGAGUAGAGGAUCCUCUCCAACUGAAUCUCUCCAAAGAUCUGAAACCACUAUAUCUGAUGUAGGCAAUCUAUUGAGUGGCAAGUCCUCCCCUCGGCUGUCUCCUUCUGGCGUCAUUAUGGCAACAAGCGAGACCUCCAAUGCAGCACAAAUCUUAAAGGCCAACAUUGAUGGAGAGGAAGUGGAUACCACCAGUCAUUCUGGUGUAGCUCAAAACAUUGUCAGGGACGAUAUGUCAACCAGCCCAGACAUGGUCAAAGAUGUCCCACUUCCAACCCCAUCCUCUGAUAACUUGGGCAGUGAUGAUGACUUCACCGGCCUCAUCAGCAUGUUAGUAAUGAGAAUUCUAACAAAAAUCCAAACCCUAUCCAGCCUAUCCAGAGAACUUGAGGAUUCAUAACGUCUACAGAGCCGUCUAUAAAAAUCUGUUGGGGGAGUUUGGCUCUGAGAAAAUCCUCCAACAGGCCGUGUCGACUCAGGACUCUUCAUUUGAUAGGAUUCUUGUCAAGUCUUUGAGUGAAGCGCUUCUCCACAGAUGUAAUGAGUCAUUGAGGGCAGCCUCAAGAACAUCAGUCAAAACCACCGGGCCUAAGGCUCUUCCACUGGCUGAGGAUGUGAGGGCUAGCAGGGGGAAAUGAUCUUUUCUACAAAGGCUGGUCAGGCUGACAGGCAACUUAAAGGUACAGCAAACAUAUUUAAAUGAACAGUUGUGGGAGAUAAUGUGAGUAAACAAUGCUAUUCAGUGUAAAAAAUAUAAAACCAUCCAUUCAUUCCAAAACCAAUCAUAAAUGUUGUUGUGCUGGUGUGGUAGGUGUGAUUGUUAUCAUCAUGAGGUUGUUCAGCUGUGACAUUUCUUUAAACAUGUUUUCUCUUUAAAUACUUAGCUAUUCAAGAAGGGGAACAAGAAGGAUUCCCACCGCUCUGAAUCAGAACAAGUACAGACCACUGCUGAAGAUGGCAUGCUGCCCAGCAUAGUGCCACAUGCUGCCAUGUCUGCACUGCCAAAGGAUCUCCCCGCCAGCUCCCAACAGGAGACGCCUCACAAACGUCCACUUCUCGUCAGGAUGUUUUCUGCCAUCUCCAAAGUCCUGUUCAAGCCCUUCAAACAGUCCUUAAAGACCAAGUAACUUAAGACAAUUUAUUAAACGUCAUUCAUUGCA